UUGCAAAAUACCAGUGGGUUGGCACAUUUUUAGAAGCUGCAUUUCCACGGUUUGUAAACCAGUUUCAGGAGAUUGCUGUGUUUUACUUCAGUGUUAUUACGUGAGCUCAGGUAGAGAGUGAUUGGCUGGAGUCAGAGUCAGUGAGGAAGUUACACCAUCCGUCCCGGGCCGCGGAAAGCCGGGGGGAAUAUUAUUAACGUAACAGUCAGAAGCACCAGGAGUCCAGAGGCUCACAAGAAUGCCUUAUGUCCUCAUCAGCACUCAAAUCCGAUUGGAAACUGGGCCCACAAUUGUGGGCGACGAGCACUCGGAUGAAGAACUUAUGAGAUACCUCGGAGCUGAGAAAACUACUAUGUUAGGAAGUAACUUUUCGGAAUUUCGUGUGAGAGAUCCUCCACGGCUGGUGCUGGACAAACUGGAGGCAAUUGGCUAUAGUGUGAUCAGCAUGACCGGGUUAGGACAGACACUAGUCUGGUGUCUGCACAAAGCUUCGGAUAAAUCUUAGCCAAAUGGAAUCUCUACCAUUAUAUCAGUAUCGCUAGACUGAAUGGAUAUCGAGACAAGAUUAUCGCACAUAUUGCUUAGAGACUUUCAUACAGCAUACAUUCCAUCAGAAAUGUUUCAAAGACUGAGGAUACACUAAUGUCCUCCAAUCCCUACUUUCUCGCAUUUCACCAAUUUUUAUGGAGUGUAGUCUUCAUCCGACAGACAUCCUAAAUGUAUGCACCUUAGUGUUCGAUGUUUCACGGUUUGAUCAGAUUUAAGUAUCACUUAUCAGACACAUACACUUUGCAGUAAAUGCUAGCUAAUGAUCAAGAGCAUUUUUUUCAGAUUAACUUUACUCCCUUCCUAGUACUGGUCACUAAGAACUACAAGCAGACAUGUUUAGUGACUAAACCUUAAAAGUCCUAAUGGCUCGUCACCAUAUUGAUCAAUAUAAAUAACAGCUAAUAGGGGAGCUAGCACCACAAAGGCACUUGAAUAUUCAGUUUGAAAUUGAUAAAUCCUAUGGGAAUGAGACUCCAAUUGUACAUAAUGCUUACUCCCUCUGUUGGAGUGUGAUUUCUGCUUAGUAGCCAACAAUGUCGUAAUAUUAUUGCAACAGGGAGCUUGUGGUUGAUGACCAGUGUUACACUGGGAUAUAGCUUGCCCAAUUUAUCCAGCUAGCUAAAGACACUAAGCAGCUGUGCUGUUCAGCCCAGGGAAGUCCCACAUUCAAUCCCUUGCUGCUUCUAACCAAGAGUAAGGGAAGCAAAGAUUAACUGGAAAACCUACUGUUACCCAUCAUUCAGUGAUCCAUGCUGGGAAUGAGUGUUAAUUUUCAAUGAGUGAAAUUGCUCAUGUCCUCUGCGGUUGAGCAACAACAUAUGUAAGAGUUAUUGUGUUUCAAAGGAAUGAAUUGUUCGGAAGGCACUUACUGAGAAUGAUGAGGUGCCAUUUAAAUGCAAGCUUUAUCUUUUUCUUUGCUGACGUUCACUUCAGUUUCACAAUGGAAUCAUGCCCUUUUGAAUGAGGGUCAACUAAAUUAGAGGAUGAUAAUUUAUAAUCUGUGUUGUCUAUCAUUUUGUUCAUAUACAACUGAUAAUUAGAACUACAAUAAACAUCUGGAGAUCAGCUCACAUUUCGAACUCAACUUCAAUAAAGCUGAUACUUUUAUUCGUUUUA